AACUUUCACAAGUAAUAAUUAUUGUCAUUCACCAGUGUAAAAUCAAAAAUGAUAGGGUUUUACAGUUUUCUGUUUACAAACUAUAAUUUUAACAGUGGUUCACAUAAUAUUAUGUUUCAUUCUUGUGUGAAGAUAUGCGGGCACAAUGUCGGUUUAGGUGACGAUAGGGUCUAGUAACCUAUGUUGUUUGUAUACAUUUAUAUUUGCAUCGCGGUUCUGAGUAACCCGAGUGUUGUCAGUAGCAGUCGGUGCUCAGUCUUCGUUUGAAUGUCGCACACGGCCGUCUGUCCUGCCGAUUUAUUUUUGACUUUUAAUGUCGUAACACAUUAGCGCGAUAUCAGCAUAACAAUGUUAUCGUAAACGAUUUACGUUAGCUAACUACGACAGCCAUGUAAUUUACGACGAGAAAUUAACUCGCAAGCGUAAAGACAAUAGAUCAAAUAAGUGUGUGUAGUUGUCUGGAGAUAUUUCUGUAAAAAUGAGACAUGCACCCGGUCGAAAUGCAAAAAAGUGUAUCAGUGCAAGUAGAUAGUGAUUUCGCUUUGUUGCUGCCCAGUGGUGUCUACGAGAUAAAGAAAAUGGAACCAAGAUCUAAACUGAGAAAAGUUAUACUCUUCUGUUUAUUGCUUUCGUUAUUUGGCAUGGUUGCUUUUGGAUACUUCUGCCCAGACCAGGUGUGCGCAUUAUCACCAAGGGAGAGGGUGUCAGAGUCUCUUGCCCUCACAUACGCGGAGGCGCCGGGCAGACCUCUGCCUGACGUCAUAGCCCAGCCCGGCCUCUCGUAUGACGAGGUGUUACACGACGACUUCAGGUUCGACCUGAACGCCCAUGAUGUCAUGGUCUUCUUACACAUACAGAAGACCGGCGGCACUUCCUUCGGGAGGCAUCUGGUUAUGGACCUGGAUCUUAAGAGGCCGUGUAACUGUCAACGAGCGAGGAAACGGUGCCAUUGUUUUCGGCCGCACAGCAACGAAAUAUGGCUCUUCUCACGAUACUCCACUGGCUGGAAAUGCGGUCUUCACGCAGACUUCACGGAGCUGACGGCGUGUGUGGGCGGGGAGCUGGACAGGCACGAGGGUUCGGCAGUGCAUCGCCGGUACUUCUACAUCACGCUAUUGCGGGAACCUGUGGCUAGGUACUUGUCGGAGUAUCGACAUGUGAAACGAGGCGCCACGUGGAAGGGUUCCCGCCACUGGUGUCAGGGACGCACUGCGAACUCGUAUGAGGUGCCGCCAUGUUACACGGGUGACUCCUGGCGCGGCGUGACCCUCGAGGAGUUCAUGACGUGCCCGUGGAACCUGGCCAACAACAGACAGACUCGAAUGUUGGCGGACCUGGCGCUCGUGGGCUGCUACAACGGCACCCUGCGGCAUCGGACGGCGGACUCUGAUCGGGUGCUGCUCGCGUCCGCCAAGAGGAACUUGGCCGCCAUGGCGUAUUUUGGACUCACAGAGUACCAGAAGAUAUCGCAGUACGUGUUCGAAGAGACGUUCAACCUUCUGUUCGCGGUGCCGUUCACGCAGCACAACGCGACCGUGUCGGGCGCGACGCUCGCCGCGCUGUCGCCCGCGCAGGUCGCGCACAUCAAGCGGCUCAACUCGCUCGACCUGGAGCUAUACGACUUCGCCAAGAACCUGAUGUUCAAAAGAUUCGAAGCGUUAAAGAAACGCGACGCCGACUUCGAAUACCGGUGGCGACAUCUAGGCGAGGUGUCCCGCAACGGAGUCACCGAGUUCGACUGGGACAGCAACCUCGAGGACGCCACCACCGAAAAGUACAGGGGCAAGUAACCGCGGGGGACACUCACCGACCUAGUGCGAACACUAGUCAUUUCAUUACCAGGCAUGUCCCGAACCAAGCGGUUGUCGAUAUCGAUAGAUGAAAAAUAAUGUAUCGAGAAUACCUUUGAAGUUGGUGUCGUUAUUUGUAAAAUUGCAUUUGGCGGUGUGACGCAGGUUAUAAUAAAUAAUAAACCAAUCGUUCGUGUGGUUCCCAAUUGUAUCCACGAUUAUCACACGUGGUUAUUUAAAUACUCGUGUUCGAUCUAUCGAUAUCGGCGGGAAUGUCGAUUUCUAAUGUACAUAUUAUAAAUAGGAUAUUUGGAAACGUUGCAUAUAUAGAUGUUUUACUGUACAAAUAACGAACAAUCCUUAAUGCAUUUAACGAGUAUUUUGUUAUCAGAACUGUGCAGCUCUCAUUUUGUAGAUAUAAGUUGAUACAGUUUGGCUAAUGUCAGCUGUAUGCAGCACGGGUUUUGAAUCCAUCCGAUAUGUAAUUUUGUUGGUGUUUAUCACGCGAUGCGCAGAGAUUACACUUUAAGAUCGAGUGUAAUAAAGAAAGAAUAUGAGAAAAAUACAUUGGUUAGAGUUCGAUAAAUGACGUUCAUUUGUUUCAAUUCAUUGUGUCGUGGAAUUGCAGGAUAGAUGCAUGUUGUGCGAGUAUAAUGAAAAAUACUUUAUAGGAUGAACACAAUACCACGCGAAAACCUAUUUAAUUAUUUCCGCAGUAAUGGAUAUUUUUUUGUAUCGAAUCAGUUGCUUAAUCACAUGUACGAUACCAUAAACUAAAAUAAAUUAAACAUUGUGUACCUAUAUAUUAACCGCGGAACGAAAAACUAUAUGAAUUUAUAAUAAAUAUUCGAAGAUUUAUUUCAAAUACAUAAUGACUUUCUUCGAAGUUAUCUAUUACGCCUAUAAGGAUGAUCGAUAUAUCUAAAUGAAGUUAUAAUAAAUAUUCGAAGAUUCAUCUCAAAUACAUAACGUCUAUCUUCGAAGUUAUCUAUUACGCCUAUAGGGAUAAUCGAUAUAUUGUUUAUAUUUACAUUUUCCUUCCCUGAUUAUGGUAGUUGCUUUUAUAUUUCUCAAUAUUUUUGUAAAAUAAUUAAUAUUAAAAUAAUAUUCUUGCAUCUUGAUAUUAAUUAUUGUUACUCGGUUUUACAAUAUUGCGAUUUUCAUUUUUAGCAACUCAAGUGGUUUUAAAGAUCGCAAAAAAAUAUUAAAAUACAGGUACGGAAUAGCCGCGAUAAGAGGCGCAUAACAUUAUUUGUUAUGUUGAAAUAAACUGUUUCUAAACGGUAAAUUACCAAAAAUAACAAUUUAUUUUGUUAAAAUGUAUCAGCCAUAAAAAUAAUGUUAAAUGGCUCGAGAUAUCUCAAAAUUGCGGUUGCUCUACGAAAAACUCAAAUAAUAUUUUAUGUGCGUUUAGUCACGACUCGCUGAUCAAACGAUAAUUUAUUUCUUUUAUACGUAACAUAAUCGUUUAACUGUGUAAAUAGCUGCACGUAUAUUGUAUAGCUAAAGUUUUCCGUUUCUUUUUACGAUACUUUAUCGACUGAAUUAUUUCGACUCAUUGUAGUCCGAAAAACGAUAAUCGAAUCGUAAAAUCGCCAUUUGGUUUUUUCAAAAGAUUAUUGUUAUCUCUUAAAUUUAAAAAUAUUUAUAUAUGCACACUUUAAAUAUAAUUCUCAAUAUUUUGACCAAAGAGCAAACAUUGUUUAAAUAUUUCCUUCUCACUGUAAGACGAUGUUUUGGUAAGAUGUGAAUAAGUAGUUAUGUAAAUUUAGUUUUAUUUAUAAGAAUAAUUUUACCUCUCUGAUUUAAUUGUAGCAGCUGUUAUAAAAUUGACUGUGUUCUUGUACAUUGUUUAUAUUUUAGGUUAUAAAAAAUUAAAUAGGAAUGUAUGAGUUACAAAGAUGGCGGUUAAACAUUUCUCGAUAGUACAUUUUGUCAUGAUCCGCGCUCGCACGUCGAAUGUUUUAUUUCGGUCACGAACGUUGUAAUUAAGUACCAGGAGUGUACCCUGGCCGGUAUAAGUCAAUUUGUGAAAAAAUGCCUCCUACAAUAUCCGAAUCGUGAUCAAAAUUCAGCGGACGUCUUAUACACAGCGUUCUGUUGUUAGAGGCAAUAUUUUUUCAUUUCUGCAAAUAUACUGAUCCUUAUAAACAUUCACUUUGAUUUGAGUGCUAUACUCAUCGUCUAGUCAUAUAGCGAACAUUGUAGACGUAUUCCUUAACGCGCGUAGGGGCAACCCUAAUUGAAGACCUGAGUAACGCAACCGACUCGACCAGUGCACUGCCGACGCAGACAAUUUCUACAACGUGCAACUGACCUUAAUUUCGCAACUCUUCGCAUUUAAUUUCGAUCAACUACUUGGUCGCUGAUUGUCUCACCUAGCCGUUACAAGCUGUUUGUAUGGUACCAAUUUUAAAACUUCUCGAUAUCGGAUUUUAGUUUAAUUCAAUGUGUCCGAUUGAUACACGUUUGGCGAAAAGUUAUACCUCUGCUUACGCCUUCGGGGAUAAGGGCGUGAUGUGUAUUUGUUUUUAUACUAUUAAUAGUACUUUUCGAGGACUUGCAACUUGAAAUAUAUCAAGAGUUGAAGAUGAAAUUCUCAUAUAUAGAGCACCUCUAUUCUACGCCCUUAGCGUAUUCUGUUUUAAGUCUUGUAUGAAACAAUUUUUACAUGUAUAAUAUAUGUUUUCGCGUCUGCUUUAAAUAUUUUCAUAAUCCUUAUGUGGGAUAAUAAACAAUACGUACAACAUUGUUCACAUCACAUGAAUGUGUAGACUUUUACAACACGCAGCGCCCAGCGACGUCUGUGUGUGAAAUAUAUCUGCGUCUGAGGGGCAGAGUGAAUGCCGUUUGAAAUUGUAAUGUGUGUGCCACUGUGUGAGCGAAUAAUACGAAUAGUAUAAGCGUUGUGAACUAUUUCAAGCGGAUGUUUGUGUCGCGUGCGGACUACACACUAUCAGUCAAUGUAUAAACCGGUGUUGUGUUGUCGGUCUUUACGCUAGUGUUUGAUAGUUUGGCAAGAUUGAAGGGCAUUGGAAGUUAACAAAUGAAAGGUUACAAUUUGUUGUUGCAAAAAUCGGUCAGCAAGUUUAAGGAUUUUAUAUUUAGGCACAUGGGUUAAGAGGAGGUACACUGCCAUAGAAAUAUAGAGCUAACAGUUUGAAUAAAUAAUGUAUAUAUGGGACAUCAGUUAUCAUCAUAUUAAUUAAUUUUAAAAUCAAUUUUAAUUCCGAAAUUAAUUUGUCAGUCUUGCUCGAUCGUUUGUAGUCGACCUAACGUGUUGCUUUCAACAUUUGGCAUCACUACUUUAUUUUUAAUUUUGUAAUAACAACAUAUUUAUGCGUGUAAAAUGUUUUUAAACACUCAUUGCGAUGGAAAGUUGUUUCAUUAUGUUUUCAAGCGUCUAAUCUGAGCGCUCGCCAAUUCACGCGCAGUGUUUAAAAAAGUCAUAACUGAGGAUAUUGCUAUUGAAUUCUCUUUUUCCUACCACGCGUCCAGUGUUGCAACUUGCAAUAUAUUUUUUUCUAUAGUAGAUUUUAAACAUUAGCGUAGCGAGACGAUUUGCGGUAUAAAAAUAUUUUAAUUAAAACUAUCUAUUGUAGGCUAUGAAAGGGCAUUUAUGUAUGACAUGUAUGCGGCUUGUGUAUUCUUCAAACACGUGCAAAGUGACGUGACUCGUGAGGGAUGUGCGAGAAAUUGACAAUAAUGUAAUUUUUCAUUUCAAAUAUGUGUGCGAAGAGCGUAGUACAACUAGUAAAAGACAUUUUAUAUCUAUUUGUUUCAUAAGUUAGCAAUUCAUCUCAUUAAACAAUCGAUUAACAAUAAUUUAUGUGUUGCCAGUAAUAAUGUCUAUAUGCUGAAAUUAAUGCAAGAGCUGGAGUUUAUGCUUUUAAAAUCGUAAUAAUAUUUUUAUAAUUUUAUAUUGUUUUACUCAAAUUUAUAAUUUUUGUCUUAUUUUAUAACCUUUUUUUGAUUUUGUAGCUAUACCAAUUAUAAUUAUGUUUUAAUUGUGCAUAUUAAGAAAAAUCAUAACGCGGCUCGAUAAUUGAAAUUGUAAUGUCGAUGUGUUCGACUUACAAAUGGUUAAAAUGUCAAAAAGGUCGCCACAUUAUGCACUUUUCACCUGCGAAAUUGAUAGUCCCAAUCCUCGCUGUCUAGAUACGUAUUUAAAAGAAUUAUAUCAUAACUCGAUAAAAUGUGAAAAAUAUGUGCAAUUUCUUAAUGGAAGCCUGAAGCAGCGUAAGGUUGAGCACCAUUUAAAAGUAAGAAUAUAUAAAACAUGUGAUUUUAUUACUAGACCCUUGCGCAGAGGAGGCCGAUGUGCGUAUUUCACCCCGGUACAUUGUUAUUAGAGUUUUCAUUAAAAAUCCAAUGUUUUUACUUCACUUGAGGUUUGUACGACAAAUAUUAAUAAAUGUGGUAAUAUUAGUGUAAAAGUGACACCUAAUAUCAUAUUGCGAAUAUUGAUUUCAGCAUAUAUUCUAAUUACUGGUGCCUAUAGCUGUGUAUUCGGUAAGCCCUGUGAUAUAGAACGAUUGCACCCAAUGUUUUGCAGAUACGUCUAACCAAUUGUGUUCUUAAUCCGAUAUAAAUGACAAACGUAACACAUUUUAUUUUGUAUCUAUAUUGUUAAUGUAAAUUAGACUCUUGUAUAUAGUAUAUUUUAAGCUGUGAAUGAAUUAUGAACUAUGGGUGCGCGCCAUACGGUAAGUUAGCCAUAACGUAGAUGUGUGUAAAUAUAACUGUCGUGGCAUGAUAAUAACAUAGAUACAAUAUUGUAAUAAUACUUAUUGUACUUGUAUAAUGUAACCCCAGUCCCCACACGCCGGUACGCUGUACGCUGGCCAUGUUCUGUACCAGCAUUUGGUAUUUAGUUUUUUUAAGUUUCCGACUGAACCAAAUUAUAGUACUUUAUUAUGUUGUGUUUACGAUCAUCGAGUAAUAAAACAAGCGAAACUA